CGUCACACGAAGACCAACAGGAACGUGCUAAAUUAUAGAUGAAAGGGUGGCUGAAAUGCAGAUUUGAUACCAAACAAGCCCUGUUCCCUUGCUAUACGCACAGCACUGAGCUGACAUAACGGUACAACUUCACUCCGGCUUCGAUCCCUGCUGAGAUGUGUCCCGAAAUCCGUCUAUUCAAGUGAAUUCGUAAACAUAGGCAUCCCGUUCGCAAAAUUAACUUGCAUUACCACUCUUGACACAAACCGCGGCACGAUGCUGGGACCUGCCAAGGAUGGGACGUCGCUCGUGCUUUUAGUACUCCACGCGCUUGUUGUUUUAGCGCGAGCCGCAGACGAAGGGAUUAUUACGGAGCAUUUCUUGGUUCAGUUGCAGGGGGGGUCAGAAGAUGAAGCCCACCAACUUGCCGCGGAACACGGGUUCGACGGUGCACGAAAGGUGUCCUUUGGUGAGGGACUGUACCACUUCUAUCCACGGGACACAGCCCAGGUCAGGAGACGACGUAGCCUCCGGCUCCAGCAUCAGUUGGAGAAGGACCACAGGGUGAUGCAAGUGUUUCCGCAGGAGGGAUUUGGCCGGACGAAGCGAGGCUACAGAGACAUCAAUAACAUCGAUGUCAACAUAAACGACCCCUUGUUCACAAAGCAGUGGUAUCUGAUAAACACGGGCCAGGCGGACGGCACCCCGGGACUGGAUCUCAACGUGGCGGAAGCCUGGCAGCUGGGAUACACCGGGAAAGGAGUCACCAUCGCCAUCAUGGACGACGGUAUUGACUACUUGCACCCGGAUCUUGCCUUGAAUUAUAAUGCCGAGGCCAGCUAUGACUUUAGCAGCAAUGACCCCUAUCCCUACCCCCGCUACACGGAUGACUGGUUUAACAGCCAUGGAACCAGGUGUGCUGGUGAGGUCUCUGCGGCAGCCAACAACAACAUCUGUGGCGUGGGUGUGGCAUACAACUCCAAGGUCGCAGGCAUCCGGAUGCUGGACCAGCCAUUCAUGACUGACAUCAUUGAGGCAUCAUCCAUUAGCCACAUGCCUCAGGUUAUUGACAUCUACAGUGCCAGCUGGGGCCCCACCGAUGACGGCAAGACGGUGGACGGCCCCCGCGAGCUGACUCUCCAGGCUAUGGCAGAUGGCGUCAACAAGGGUCGCGGGGGAAAGGGCAGCAUCUUCGUCUGGGCGUCAGGCGACGGCGGCAGCUACGACGACUGCAACUGUGAUGGCUACGCCUCCAGCAUGUGGACCAUCUCCAUCAACUCGGCCAUCAACGACGGGCGCACGGCGCUGUAUGACGAAAGCUGCUCCUCCACCCUAGCAUCCACAUUCAGCAACGGCAGGAAGAGGAACCCAGAGGCGGGAGUGGCCACGACGGAUCUGUACGGGAACUGCACGCUCCGUCACUCGGGGACCUCGGCCGCGGCUCCCGAAGCAGCCGGCGUCUUCGCCCUGGCUCUGGAGGCCAACCCUGCCCUGACGUGGAGGGACCUGCAGCACCUGACAGUGCUCACUUCCAAGCGGAACCAGCUGCACGACGAAGUGCACCAGUGGCGUCGCAACGGCGUGGGCUUGGAGUUCAACCACCUCUUUGGCUACGGCGUGCUGGAUGCAGGCGGCAUGGUCAAGAUGGCCCAGGAGUGGAAGACAGUGCCAGAGCGCUUUCACUGUGUAGCCGGAUCUGUGCAGGAGACACACUCGUUCCACUCCAGCAGCAAGCUCCUGUUGGCCAUCGACACCGACGCCUGCCAGGGGAAGGACAACUUCGUCCGCUACCUGGAACACGUGCAGGCCGUGGUGACGGUGAAUGCCAGCAGGCGCGGUGACCUCAACAUCAACAUGACCUCGCCCAUGGGCACCAAGUCCAUCCUGCUGAGCCGGAGGCCCCGUGACGACGACACCAAGGUGGGCUUCGACAAGUGGCCCUUCAUGACUACCCACACCUGGGGCGAGGACCCCCGGGGGACCUGGCUGCUGGAGGUAGGCUUCCAGGGCGAGGUCCCCCAGAGGGGCGUCCUGAAGGAGUGGACUCUGAUGCUGCAUGGGACGCAGAGCGCGCCCUACAUCGAUCAGAUCGUCCGCGACUACCAGUCCAAACUGGCCAUGUCCAAAAAGGAGGAACUAGAGGAAGAACUGGACGAGGCAGUGGAGAAGAGCCUCAAAAGCCUGCUGAGUAAAAACUAGCAAUUUGCAUGUUGCCCCGCCUCUUCCCUUCCUAUCCAAUCACAAUCCAGCCCCGCCUCUACAAAACCCCACCCACUCUAAUCCCACCCCCAAAGCCUGCAACUUUGAGCUCUUUUCUGUGUUAAUUAGCUCUCCUUCCAUGAAUGUUUCCUGUAACCAGAUUAAAACAAUGUGUCAUUUCCAAACGAUCUGUUAUAAAGGGAGAAAAUACUUCUGUUUUCUGUUUUUUUUUUUUUUACACUUUGCCUUAUAUAUAUGUAGAAUAUAUAUACUAUAUUAUGUUGUAUGUAUUAGCUACCCUGGUUCUUCUGAAAUGAAGUCCCCACUGUACAGUUUGUGACUGUAAAUGAUUUUCUGUGUGAUUCGACUUAAAGUUUAAUAUCUUGCAAACAGAGCAGUUUCUUUCCAUUAUAUUUUUGUGACAAAUGUUGUUUAUAUAAAAAAAUGGAAAGGAA